AUGAGUAUAUCUCCUGCACCAUAUUCAAGGAUUUCAAAUCUAAUAAGAACAACGAAACUUUCUCAUGUCCCACAGAAUUCAAGACCGUUGAAUCCAACUACAAGUCAUAAAUAUUACCCGACGCAUCAAAUCAUCGAAACGAAACCAUCCUCGUUAUAUAGACAAGAUUGGGGUCUUAAGGCAUCCAUACCAUCAAAGAUCAAAUCCAGAUAUUUAAUCUUUAAUGAAAUGGAUACAUUAGAAAGAUUGACUUCUUUUGAACCUCGUGGUGAUACUCAAUGGAUUAGAAGAAGAUUCAAUGAGAUGGGCAUUAAUAUUAAUUUCAAUACCGGGAAAAUUAAUCCUUUGUUUGAUACAAAUAACUCUGCUGCUAUGGAGGCAGAUAUCUCAAAUCCUUUAUCUUCCAUGUUGAAUAUAGAUGCAAAAUCUAAGGCAGCAGGGCAUGAGACAACCAAAAAAUUGAAAUUGAAUGAUGUUGUGGUGGCAUUCCAAUAUUUGAAAAAAUAUAGGAAUGAAUUUAAAAAAUGGUUAUUGGAAAGGAAUCCAGAGGUUUUCCUUGGUAAGAAAUUCUCGCCAAAAGAUAUGAAAAAUGAUGCAUUGGAAUUUCUACAAGAAAAAUUGGCGUCUAAUAAGAGUUCAUCGUCUCAAUUAAACAACAUCCCAAGAAAGAUUGUUGGAUCUGGUGGGUUAACUUAUAGUUUACGUGGUAGAUUAAAGAAUUCACCUAAUGGUAUUGUUGAGAAAAAUAUUUUUGCUGGAAGAUGUCUAAAUUCGUUAAGUAAUGAAAGAUACACUUUAGCAGUCGGUGGGUUUAUCACUACUGUUAAUAGUCAAAGAAUAGAAAACAAGUUAAGAGUCUCCAACAAUGUAUCAAUCAGAGAAUGUGUGGUCCCCGUGGAUGUUAAGGAUGCUACCUUGGAUUCUGAAGGUAGAAUUUUCAUAAGGGCAAAUGUUAUUGAUAGUCCCAAUCAAAAAACCGUGGAGAAUAUUAAAAGUAAAAGUUUUUCGAUGAAGUCCAUAAGACUUGGUUCUAGAAGGAAUCCAAAGCAAGCACCAAGGAAUACGUCUGAUUCUACUAGAUAUGCGAAUGAAUUAUUGAAGAUAAUCAAAGAUAAUGGUAGAUAA